AUGUUUGCGGAGUUGAAAACGUUUUCAAGCAUUGCCAGUAACAAUGGAAUCGACAUCGCGCCGUCGAACGCGAUCCGCAGCACGCUCGGCGCGGUCGAAAUGGCGGCGCUGGAAGGCAAGCUGCAGCUGCUGCAGAUCCAGCGAGAGCUCUCAGCCGUCCGAUGCCAAGGCUUCAUUGAGAUGAUCCAAUCCUCGCUGCUCGCCAAGCAAGAAGAAGCAGCCGCCAAAUCCGCCGUUAAAUCCGCAGUGAAAUCGGGUGCGAGAUCAUCUGGCGGCGGAGACGCCGUACCUGACGGCGGCAUUGGCGCUGAUCCGAGGCUGGCGAGGAACAGCAUCGAGCCGCUGAUUUUAUCGCGGCGCCAAUCGCGGCAGCUUUUCCGGCAUAUGUCGCUGGACCUUCAUCCAACGGCCGGCAACCAAACCUGGAGAGAAGAUCUUAGCUUUUACGACGAGCCCACGUCGUGCUCUCCACGCGUGCAGGGCCAUGGCGGAAACGCCGCUUCUCACGGUAGCCCUUCCCGGUUGCGCGGUUCCCCGCGACACAGAUCCCCGCGCCACGCUUCCGCGCGCGCGCAUACUGGCGCAUGCGCUUCUCCCCGCGCCCUUCCGCAGUCGCCUGCUCUUCCUCGGCCCGGAUCUCCGCUCAUUGCUGCGCCGGGCGCGCGUCAGCUUCCGCUUACUCCGCGCACGUCAUCCGCCGCUUCCCCCCGAGUUGCUGCGCUUGCGAAUUCAUCCCUGCGGAGGCAUCCACCCGCCCAUUCUGCCGUCCCGUCGUCCUCCCGUUCCGUUGCGCUCAUCGUCGCCCAUCCUGUCGCCCACCUCUCUCCCAUCCCGUCGCUCCCCUCGUCGCCCUCGCCAACGCCCCGAAACUCCCUCCCGUCGCGCAUCCUCUCUCCCAUCCCAUCGCCCCCCUCGUCGCCCUCGCCAACGAAUCAAAACUCCCUCCCGUCGCCCACCUCUCUCCCAUCCCGUCGCUCCCCUCGUCGCCCUUGCCAACGCCUCGAAACUCCCUCCCGUCGCCCACCCCUCUCCCAUCUCGUCGCCCCCCUCGUCGCCCUCGCCAACGCCCCGAAACUCCCUCCGUACGCGCAUCCUCUCUCCCAUCCCGUCGCUCCCCUCGUCGCCCUCGCCAACGCCCCGAAACUCCCUCCCGUCGCGCAUCCUCUCUCCCAUCCCAUCGCUCCCCUCGUCCCCCGUUUCAAACGCCUCAAAACUCCCUCCCGUCGCCCACCUCUCUCCCAUCCCGUCGCUCCCCUCGUCGCCCUCGCCAACGCCUCGAAACUCCCUCCCGUCGCCCACCCCUCUCCCAUCUCGUCGCUCCCCUCGUCGCCCUCGCCAACGCCCCGAAACUCCCUCCGUACGCGCAUCCUCUCUCCCAUCCCGUCGCUCCCCUCGUCGCCCUCGCCAACGCCCCGAAACUUCCUCCCGUCGCGCAUCCUCUCUCCCAUCCCAUCGCUCCCCUCGUCCCCCGUUUCAAACGCCUCAAAACUCCCUCCCGUCGCCCACCUCUCUCCCAUCCCGUCGCUCCCCUCGUCGCCCUCGCCAACUCCCCGAAACUCCCUCCCGUCGCCCUUGCUCUCUCUCCGUAGCCCAUGCUCUCUCUCCAUCGCCCUUGCUCUCUCUCCGUCGCCCUUGCUCUCUCUCCGUCGCCCUUGCUUUCUCUCCGUCGCCCUUGCUCUCUCUCCGUCGCCCUUGCUCUCUCUCCGUCGCCCUUGCCCUCUCUCCGUCGCCCCUGCUCUCUCUCCGUCGCCCUUGCUCUCUCUGCGUCGCCAUUUCUCUCUCCCGUCGCGUGUUCUCUCUCCCGUCGCCCUUUCUCUCUCCCGUUGCCCUUUCUCUCUCUCGUUGCCCUUCCACCCUCCCGUUACCCUUCCUCUCUCCCGUCGCCUAUCCUCUCCCCCGUCGCCCUUUCUCUCUCCCGGCGCCCUUGCUCUCUCCCGAUUCCUAUCCUCUCUCCCCUCCUCUCACGUUGCCCUCGAUGCAGUCGUCACCUUUCCUCUCUCCCCUCCCGUCACCCACCUCGGCGCUUUCGCGCUCGGCCCGAAAUGCCUGCAAGUCGCCCUUUGUUUUUCCCCUCCCAUCUCCCAACACCCUACCGUUCCGCACGUUUCGCUGUAUCAGCGCUCUCCGUGCGUCCACGUUUCGUUCUCCCUAUUCCUAUUUUUUUAUCUCUAA